AUGCUGCAUGACUUGGCAUUGACGGUAAAGUGCCGACGCACAGCUAGAGGCGCCAUUGAUAUCAAGCUUUAUGCCUUUGCAAGAUGCCUUCAGCCCCGACCUUCUACCCCACUCUCCCCUUUCCCUCCUCCACUCCAUCCACUGGCCUGGGAAUCCGCCGCAAAGUUUCGCGAUGCCGAUGCCCGCGCGGACGCGCUGCUACGCUGUUGUGGCAUAAUGUCCGGGUACGAGAGCCACACUGCUGCCCCUGUCUUUCGGGCAGAGGCCGAUGACUCACGGAAAGCCAUGACCAGCACUUUGGCUGAAGGUCCCAAGGCGUAUCAUGCUGCAUGUUUCGGCCAGGAAUGGGCAGAUGCUUUCCAACAGAAGGACUGGGAGGCCCGGCGACAAGCGGUGCAGACGCUGGGGCGACUUCCACAAGCACACGGCCAUGUCACAGCGGUGGAUCUCGUUUGCAGCCGCCUCGGCGAUUCAGACGCAUUGGUUCGCCGCGCGGCGCUAGAUGCAGGCGUGCGGCUUCUCAUGCCGGAGCCUGCGAGCGAAGAUGCAACCGAAGAGGAAGCCUCAGCAGCUGCAGAGGCUCUGGCAAAGGUGCAAGGCUCGGAGAUGUGCCGCAGCUUUGUUGACAAGGUCCUGGAACUACUCCGGAGUGACGAGGACUGGGGCGUCCGGCGCGUGGCGAUGGCCUCGCUCGGAGCGGCCGCGCCGCGCGGCGCCGAAUCAGCGCUCGCGGCGGUGAAGCCCUUCCUCGCUGACACCGACGACGACGUCCGUGCGGCGGCGGCUGCUGCAGCAGGACGCCUGGCGCCGUUGGGCGAUGAGGCUUGGAUUACUCCUUUGCUGAAGCUCCUCCAGGACGAUGACGAGGGCGUCCGCCAGGCCGCUCUCCUGGCGGUAGCGCGCACAACGCCGAAGGGCCACCGAGCUGCCCUUGAGGCCGUGGGUGACGUCAUGGACGACGAUGACGCCGCUUACACAGCAGUCCAAAGACAAAGUCAGGCGCCUCGCGGCGACAACGCUGCGGGCCUUGCGCAGGUGAAAAAGACUCAGCCAGCGGGCGCUACCGCAUCCUUUCCUGCGGCGAUCCAAUGCGGCCUUUUGGCCAAGCGAAAGCAGUUGUCUGAGCUCUAUGGGUUCUCUAACAUCAACACGGGAGAGUGGACAGAUGGACUGGUCGCGCUGCUCGUGCGCGAGGCUGUGAGCGACACCUCCGACAACAAGAAGUGGGAAGCUACCUCAGAUCCAACUUGUCGUCUUGACGGACCUGUGGACGCCAUCUGGAUUGAGAACAUGAAACGGCAUUGGGCCCUAGCUGCACUCGAUUUAGAUGGAUAG